AUGCUGUGUGGUGCCAAGCUGGAUCAGAAGAGAGUUCCCAACCCGAUCGAGAAGCUGCUGAAUCAGGCAAUGUGCCCGUGUCGCUAUGCGUCCAACGGAUGCACCUGGAAGUUUGCCCAGUCCGAGAUGGAUGCACACGUUGUUGAGUGCCGCUUCCGACCCUAUCGGUGUGUUACGGAUGCUUUAAAUGUCAUCAAGUGCGAUUGGCGAGGACUACAGCACGAAAUUGAGAAGCAUCUUACCGAGGGUCACAAAGAGCUAGGUCCUGUGUUUCGUUUCCGCGAGACGACAUCAUUGGUGUUUAAGGAGCAAAUGUCGCUAGGAGGUCUUAAGCUGGUGGACGCCUUCAGUAAGCGCUUCUUGUUCUACUUCUUCUCCGAUGUAGCGAACAAGAAGCUGUCCUUUCUGAUGAUCUACUUUGGACGACACGAGGAAGCGAACCAGUACUGUUACGAGCUGGAAAUACGUGCCGCGCCCUAUGCGACAAAGGACUCGCCGGAAGAGGACGACUCGGACAAGCCAAUCACCUUCGCACGAAGCGUCAAGUUUGUUGAGCGUUGUUGUUCCGAUUCGGAAAAUCUGGCGAAGCUGCUGGAAGAGGAUCGUUGCAUCACAAUAUCCCACCGGGAUGUGCAUAAAUAUCUGCACGAGGAGAAGAUCCAUAUGCUGUACAAGAUACGCAAGGUAGAUCCAACGCGCGAAAAAAAACUGUCCACAACAAGCGUGACCGCUAGUGAAGUUCCGGAAAAGGCCAGUGCGUUAUCAACGAAGACAAAACCCCGGCCUCCACCGUUUGUGUUUGCCAACAAGGGGAAACUGUCCGGCAGUGGCAAACGCUCAAAUUCGUCUUCAAGCACUUCAAGUUCCAGCUCGAGCUCGAGCAGCGGCUCUAACACGUCGACAUCCACCACCAAAUUGCCGAACAUUACUGGUGCUAGUCCCACCACGUCUUUGCCCUCGCGAACACCAUCCACCGCCUCGACGGUGACAGUUAGUUCGGACCGGAACAGUGUCGAUGCGCUAGCAUUGGACGUCAGCCGUAGUUCACUUUCGUCCAUCAAUCGUGUCACUACACCGUUAACACCGUUCGAAAAACCGGAACGGUGUCCGCUUCUGACGCCUUCCAUCAACAAGCACGAUAUGCCUCCAACGUGGUCCAUUUCGCAGACGACAACGACGAGCGGUUUCGCUUACCACACCAGCACCGAGUAUCAACGGCAGGUUUACGGCCAUGAACCGUACCGUAAUGUCCAUCAUUAUCCGCUGAGCGGGUAUACAACAACGGCUGCCGUUUGCCAGCGAUACACCCAACCGUACAAGGUGAAGGACGAUCGUGGCUAUCUGAUGAAGCAUCCGACAAACUGUCUGUACAAACCGCGACCCAAAUGGUCGGCCGGAGGUAGCGUCAAAGAAGGGAAAGCAAAAGGUGGUUGGAGUGCGUAAAACUUCAACCGAACAGGACCUACAUACAUUUAACAAAUAGCUGCAACACAGAAUUAUACUUUAAAUAUAACAUACUCAA